AGAGUGCUAAUGAUGAAUAUGAUGGACCAACUUCAUGAGAAAACCGAGGUGGCCUCUGGUUUUGUGGCAGGUGGAGAGGCUGAGCUUGGGCUUGUCACUGUGCAGGGGGACAAGACCAAGGCCACCACCAAUCAUGGAUCUGGGUCGGACUCGACCGGUUCGACCCGUCAUGACCUUGUUUCUGCUGUUUCGGGUUUCGGUGUACUCCACAGGAAGAAAAGGAUGGCUAGGCAGAGGAGAUCAUCAUCUUCCACCAUCAAACUUCUGUCCUUUGUUCCUUCUAGCUCUACCUCGCACGUGCCAUCAUCCCCACUCCCUGGCCUUCCCACUCUUCCUGCACGUGAAAUUGAUCCAAGGAGGUUGAGAUUCCUAUUCCAAAAGGAGCUUAGGAACAGUGAUGUAAGCUCCCUUAGGAGAAUGAUACUCCCAAAGAAAGCAGCAGAGGCUCACCUCCCCGUCCUCGACUCGAAGGAGGGGAUUCUUAUCAGCAUGGACGACCUGGAUGGCUUGCAUGUAUGGAGUUUCAAGUACAGGUAUUGGCCAAAUAACAAUAGCAGAAUGUAUGUACUUGAAAAUACUGGAGAAUUUGUCAAUGCACAUGGCUUACAACUUGGAGACUUUAUUAUGAUUUACCAAGACAAUCAAAAUCACAACUAUGUCAUUCAAGCAAGAAAGGCUUCUGAACAAGAUGUAUAUAGUGACAUAACUAGGAAUGAUGCUAAUGACCUCUUUCUUUAUGAUUAUGAGCCUUACCGACCAAGUUCCUUGUUUGAGAAUUAUCCCACAGACAAUGCUACAAGCAUGUCAUUUAUCUAUGACACUACAACCUUCUCAAAUGACUCACCGCUUGAUUUUUUGGGUGGUUCGAUGACCAGCUAUUCAAGAAUCGGAUCUUUGGAAGGCUUCGGAUCUGUAGACAACUUUUCUCUUGAUGACUUCUAUUAAGUUGAUCAUACUGGUGGUGUCACAUUAAACAAGGGGGCACAAUCUAGAACCUAUAACAAUGGGGCUACUUCACUUUGGUACUGAAGCAAUGUACUUUUGGGAUAGGCGCAUACAUUUGCAAUAAAGAGUAGCAAGUGUAAAACUUUUGAAAUGUCCUGCAUUUCAUUUACUUGGACAAAUUAUAUUUAUAGAACUUCUAAUUCCAUUUUGCAGCAGGACAAUCAUGAAUGUAAGUUGUUACCAC